AUGAAACGAAUGUUAGUUUUGCUUUCGAUACUUCUGACCGUCGUCAGUAUCCGUCACAAUGUUAAAAUGCCGGAGAAAGGGAAUCGAAUGCUGAUGCACCGCCGAUUAGGCAAUCGAGAAGUCGGCCAGAGAGUGUGUUAUGAACUUCUUGGAUGUUUCUCUGAUCGUCAACCUUUGGCACUAAAACGUCCACCACAAUCGCCAAAUGUAAUUAAGACUCAGUUUCACUUGUACACUCGUGAAAAUCGUGAUGAACCCGAAGUACUCGCCUACGGUGAUAAACUUUACUCGAUGAACCAUUCAAAGUUCAACGCAAGUCGUAAACUCAAAGUCAUCAUCCACGGUUUCAAGGGUAGUGGUAACAACAACGAAGCUCUCGAAGGAGUUCAUGCUUUUCUGGACUUGGAAGACGUUAAUGUAGUGAUAGUUGACUGGGCUAAAGGAGCAGGAUCAACUUAUGGUCUUGCCGUAUCUAACGUCGAACUCGUUGGAAGACAAUUAGGUCUUAUUCUACUCGAUGCAGUUCACAUGGGUAUUCUCCCAUCGAAUAUGCAUUUAAUAGGAUUCAGCUUGGGUGCUCACGUAGCUGGUUGCGCAUCUGAAGUUUUGAAAAGACAUGGACUUCUCAUAGGACGUAUUACUGGAUUAGAUCCAGCGUCGCCUUUUUUCCGUGUUCAUCUGUUCCGAGAAAAAGCAAGAAAGUUAGAUUCAUCAGACGCGAGACUUGUUGAUGUAAUACAUACCGAUGGCUCAGCAGAUUUUGCCGAUGGCUUUGGUCUAUUAAAACCGAUUGGUCAUAUAGAUUUUUUUCCGAAUGGUGGGAGACAACAGCCUGGUUGUAACGAUAUAAAAAAUUCGGUUGUGGUGUCACAUCUCAACGAGGACAGCCUUGACAUUCAUAUAGCCUGCAGUCAUGUGCGCUCGUGGUUCCUGUUCGUGGAGAGCCUUCGAAGUCAAUUUGGCACGUGUCAAUUCUCAAGCUGGUCAUGUAAACGACGUUUUGGUAGUUACGUCGCUGGCUCAUGUUUCCCACCUGAGGAUAUUGUUGCUGCGCCAGAGAUGGGUUAUGCAGCAAAUAAAGGACCUUACGGUCAAUUUUAUUUAACAACUAGAGCCGAACCACCAUAUUGUGGAUAUCCACUGCGGGCUGCUGUAAAAGUUGCUAAUGAUGAAUUCAGGCCAAAGGGCAUACUAUGGGUAACAAUGGAAAGUGGAGGAUCGAAUACAACCUUCAGAGUUAUUUGCGAUCAAGGAGCGUUACCACCUUUAUCAAGUUUAAGUAACCGAAACAGUUUACAACCUACAUUCUACGACAUUGAAGCCACAAACUUCGGAACUUUCGCUGCAAAUGCCAGUAACGUCUUAGUCAGAGUUAUAUUUGAAGCCGAAGAUGUGCCCGAGGCGGAAUACUCCAAGGUCUUAUUCGUUGAAAAAUUAUCUCUUGAAGACAGAAGAGGCCACAGGUGGGAACUUUGUGCUAAAAACUUAGGCUUAGGCGCUGAAGAACAAGUUUUAAUGUUGAAAGAGGAGAUCUGUUCGUUGUGAUAAUUAUUUACACCGAG